ACAAUAGAAUACAUCGUUAGUCAGUCGUCGAUAAUUCAGGCCUAUCGAACCUGCAUUGAAGAUGUUGAGGAGGAUUACCACAUACCCGACAAGACCCUUCACCAUGCAACUCCUGACAUAGAAUCCAGAUUAGUUGCUAUCCAACGCGAACUUCGUAACCUUUGUCCUCACAAAUACGUAAAAGAACGCACUUCACGUACUCUAAUAGAAGACCACAUUCAGAAAGGUCUCAAACUAUUCCAACAUGGCACAAUGCGAGGAUCAAGCAACAUAAGUCAACUGGAAUCAACGGAUGAGACUUAUGAGACUUACCAAAUUGAGGUGGAUGACUUGGAUGUUUGA